AUGCCCUCACAGACCUUGACGCUUCCGCAGUCAUCGAAUUCCAAAGAUUCCACAACCCCACCUUCUCCAACAGACUCGGAGAUCAUCAUUCCACCCCCACCCUCCACUCAGCUAUUGCCAGAGGACGAGACAGACGGCGUGACUUCGGGUGCCGUGCAACCACCUGGCUCCACUGGCGAACCACUUAUCAGAUCAAUCACACACGACUCAGAUGAAGACACGGAUGGGACACAUUUCACAGAAGAUCAAGGAGAGGAUUUGCAACAGUCGUUGUUAUCAGAGGAACAAGCGGAGGAAGAGCGAUUGAUACGGAAUGGCGGCUCGGGUAUACCGAUCGGUCCUGAUGGCGUACCAAUGCCUCUACUCCCACCAAUUGCCCCCGAACAUGCAGGAAGGAAAUGUCUAGUUCUUGACCUUGAUGAAACCCUCGUUCACAGCUCCUUCAAGCCGAUUCCUCAGCCAGAUUUCAUCGUCCCAGUAGAGAUUGAGUCCCACUGGCAUCACUUUCACGUUCUAAAACGUCCCGGGGUCGACUCGUUCUUGAAGGAAAUGGGUCAGAUAUAUGAGAUUGUGGUGUUUACAGCCAGCCUGAGUAAGUACGCUGAUCCGGUGCUGGACCAACUCGAUAUAUCAAAAGUUGUCGCACAUAGACUGUUUAGAGAAAGUUGUUUUAGUCAUAAAGGGAACUAUGUUAAGGAUUUGUCACAGCUGGGCAGGCCUAUAGCAGACACUAUCAUUCUAGACAAUUCUCCCGCGUCCUAUAUCUUUCAUCCCACAAACGCCGUUCCCGUAUCUUCGUGGUUCAAUGAUCCGCAUGACGCAGAACUCCCUGACUUGGUCCCGUUUUUGGCGGAUAUGACUUCUGUGAUGGAUGUGAGAGCGAUCCUCGACACUGCGCGUUGA